ACGUCCGUCCCCCCCCGCCGGCCGCCAUGUUGCGGGCGCUGAGGCGCUGCCGGCCGGGGGCGAUCGUGGCGGCCGCGCUCGGCCCCGGCGCCGGCUCCGGGCCCGGCCUCGCGUGGGGCCCGCGGCUGGUGCCGGCCCGGGGCCGCAAGACGCGGCACGACCCCCCCGCCAAGGCCAAGGCGGCCCGCCUCAAGCUGCCGCCGCCCGUCGACCCCGCCGAGCUCGCCGUGGUCACCGAGCGGUACCGGCAGCACCGCGCCGUGCUCGGGGCCCUCCGCUGCGUCUUCAGGGCCGAGGUGCUGCAGCGGAAGCGCGAGGAGCGGCUGCAGCUGGAGGGCUCGGCGGCGCUGCGGGAGGAGCACCGGCUGCUGAUGGCCUGGAACGAGGCCGAGAACGCGCGGCAGCGGGCGCGCAGAGAGGAAAGAAUUAGGAAGGCAGCGGAGGAGCGGCAGAGGCAGAGGCUGCAGGCUGCGGAGAACAAGGCCAGGCAGGCGGCGGCCUCCCUGCAGGAGAAGGAGAGCGCCGUGCUCCGCCUGCAGGAGGAAGCCAAAUCGUUCCUCACCCCCGAGAACCUGGAGGCGCGCAUCGAGGAGUGCCUGGACAACCCGCGCAGCUACAACUUCGCCGUCGACAAGGAGGGCCGCGUCGUCAGGCGCACCGCGCCGCCCUAGCGGGACGGGGCCCGGCGGCUUCUCCCCUGCGGUGCCCGAAGCAGGCACGGGCUUGUCGGACGGGCGGCUUCUGGGGAAGGGGGGGCGGGGGAAACGCUCGGGUGCGGCGGUGGAACCGCGUCGUUUCGAGGUGUCGAAGCGCUGGGGGUCGGGCCCAGCCCCGGCGGAGGGGAGGCGGCGGGUUUCCCUGCUCCCGUUGCCCCGAGGCUGCUCCGCAGCUUCGCCUCCCGCUGGCUUGGACCCUCCUCUUCUCGGAGCUCCUGGGGCCGAAGGGGAGCGAGGCAGAUCCCGAGGCGCAUCCCAAAGCCCCGGGCACCCCGAGGGCUGCGAUCCCGCCGGCUGCUUCCCGCAGCUGACCCCGGCCCGGUCCCCGGUCGCCUCUCCCGGGUCUGGCUCCCCCUUUCCCCUUCCCCUCUGGUUUCCUGCGCUCAGUUGGUCUCGAUUUACCCGUGGCGAAAGCCGCGCGCCUCCUGCAGGCGGGGUUGUGCCCGGGCCUUGCGCCGAGCUCGUUACCCCACCUGCCCGGCUGGGCGCUUCCACCUCGGUGGCACAAACCCCGGGUGCCAGCGGCCUCGCGCGGCGCUUGGGCCCCUCCGGAUGCUUCUCAAAGUAAACUUGGUCCGAGUGCUUUUGUCCGAAA